CGGGGCUGGAGUCGGAGCGCGCAGGGCGCAGGGCGCAGCGAGCGGGAGCGCGGCGGCCACUGGCUCCGGGGAGGCACCCGCGCGGCCAGCGCCCGAGGGACCCACGACACGCGAGCGAGCAGCCGCGCCCCGCGCUCUGCCCCCACCCCCGGGGCCCCACCGUCCGCGCGCCGCCCUGCCCUGCAUGGCACAAACUUUCAUCCCGGGACGCAGCACGCCGUCUCCGGGAGCCCGCGCCACGGUCGCCACCACCGGUCCCAAGAGCUGUCGAAAUGGGUUGCAGUUUGAACAAGCUGGAGAAGCAUGAAGAGAAGCGCCCUGGGAACAUUUACUCAACUCUCAAGAGACCUCAGGUGGAGACAAAGAUAGAUGUGGCCUAUGAAUACCGCUUCCUAGAGUUCACCACACUGACUGCCGCGGAGCUUCCGAGGACCUCGGCUGUGAGGUUAACCUCCCUACGGGACCUGCCCGCCCAGCUCCUGGAGCUGUAUCAGCAAGGCUUCUCACUGGCUGCCCUGCAUCCCUUUGUGCAGCCGGCAAACAGGCAAGAGAAGAUAUUCCUGGAGCACAUCUUUAGGGCCAUCCUGGUCAAGAAAACCAACAGGUCUCAGAAGGCCGAGCUUCACAAUGAAGGCUACAUCUUGGAACUGGAUGAGUGCUCCUCCUUAGAACACCUGGCAGCCCAGAAGCUCAUCCCAGAGUUCAUUAAGAAGGUACAGGAGGCUGCCAGUCGGGGCUUGAAGUUCGUCGGUGUUGUUCCUCAGUACCAGUCCUCUGUGAACUCUGCGGGCAGCGGCCGUUCCGGGCCCAUUGCCAACAGUGUUGCCGAUGCCAGGGACGUGAAGCACGGCUUUGGGGACCAUGCAUCCUUGGAAAAUGACAUCCCAAAGGCUGGAGACAUGCACCUAAGACCAGAGCCCAGCCCAGGCUCCACAGCAGACGCACAAAGUGCCCCGCAGCCUGGCAUUCCCACUCCCUCAGAAGAGACAGAGGUUGGCGAGUUCCCGCUGCGGGUGUUGAACCCAACGCUGGAUGGACCAGAGGGUGACCCCUCAAAUGGACACGAAGAGAUGCUCUCAAGGAAAAUGGAGAUCUUCGCCUUUUUCAACAGACCGAAGAGCCAGCAGAAGUGUGGACAGUACUAUCCCGUCACCAUCCCCCUCCAGGUCUCCAGGAACGGCCAGACAGUGAGCAGUUUGGACGCCAGCUGGCUGGAGCACAUGAGUGACCAUUUCCGGAAGGGCGGGGUGCUGGUGAAUGCCGUCUUCCACCUUGGCAUGGCCAACGACUCCUUCCAUGGCUUGACAGAUGGAGUAUUCAUCUUUGAAGCUGUUUCCCCAGAAGAUAACAGAACCACACAGGGCUGCGACGCUAUUGUUGUGGAACAAUGGACGGUCCUGGAAGGUGCAGAGGUGCAGACAGACUACAUACCCCUGCUGAACUCACUGGCGGCCUACGGAUGGCAGCUCACCUGCGUGCUGCCCACGCCCAUACUCAAGACUACCAGGGAAGGGAACGUGUCCACCAAGCAGAUCGUGUUUCUUCAGAGACCGUGCCUACCUCAGAAAGCCAAGAAGAGGGAAUCAAAGUUCCAGUGGCGAUUCUCCCGGGAACAGACACAUGGCAGGCAGACGAGGAGAUCCAAAGGCAGACGCAGUGCCAGAGACAAGCAGCAAGCAGAGGAGAAUGAGAAGAAUCUAGAAGACCAGUUUCCCAAGGCUGGAGAUGUGGGAAACUGUGUGCUGGGGACACAGCAGAGGGGCGGAGCCCCUGAGGUCAGGGAGCAAAGGCUGAGCUUGGGGGCUGUGCAGAAUGGUCCUGCUGGCCACCACAGGGACUCGGUGGCCCCCAGGCACUCAGAUCCCAGAGUGGAAGAUGAGCUUGCUUCAGGGCCCGCUCCAGCAGAGGCAAAUUGAGUCUGUGAUUUGUGCUAGGCCUGCAGUGUGGUGGCAAACCUUGGGAAGCUUGCUAGCAGCUGCUUCGCUCUGUGUUAUCCUGUGGCUUGACCCAUCGUUAGCCCAUGGCCCUGUGAGGGCUGGUCUCUGACAGUGUCAUCUUCUGAACACCCCCUGGAAAGCUGUCUUAAUGAUCACUUAUGUUAGAGUGCAGGGUUGGGCUGUUCCUUCUAGACCUCGGGGCUGGAGGUCUGGUCCCACCACUUCCCCAAGGGAGGGCAUGGACCAAACAGUACCUGCACUUCCUCACAGGGCUCCAGGGCACAUCUGGGUCAACUUCUGGGAUAGCCUUCGCUACAAACCAAGGUUUUUCACUCACCCCUACAUGCACCUGAGCCCUGCAGCUCUGUGGCUGUCCUCCUCUUCCUCAUGAACCCUGCAGGGGACCCUGCUGCUUUGGAAGGUGACGAUGGUGGGGAAGGGGAGGUACCCAUACCCCCUGCCUUUCUCAGAGUAGUUCUAUAGAUACUGGCGAUCUGGAAACAGGUAAUUCUCUGUGCUCCUGCUCUUGCAGGGUGUUCAAGAAAGUAUUCUGUAUUAAUAUUAAUGCCAAAAAUGUUGUUUUCUAAUUUUGUAUUCAACAUGUCUCUGAAUACGUUCUGUCAUUUCGGGCAGUUGGUAAUUGGGUGCCCUUGUGUGCUAUUUUUGUUGGUGUGUCUUUGACUGAGUUGUAUACUGUGCCUGUCACUUUUUACUGUCUAUAAAGUGUUGUUAAGGCUUUAAGUAGAUGCAUCUGGCAUACCUUGGAGAGAGAACGCAGUUGUCUCAAUGGAAACAGCCUGUCUCUUUCUUGUUUAGUUACUUAAAGCAAUAAAUCAUCUGAGUUCUGUG